AUGUCCUCAGAAAGUGUCGUAGAUCGUUGGCCAUCUGAUGAAACGAAGACGAGCGUAACUAUUGUCCGUCAGAAGGGAAAGAAGACAGUAAAGGAGAGUCCAUGGAGAUACCCUUCCGUUGAGCCUGGAUCUUUAACGUCGGCAACCUUGCGGCGCUAUGCGGAUCGCCUUCACUGGUCAUUUCUAUGUGAGAAAAAUUCCGGGCGCAGGCUCUUCUCAAAGCAGGACCCGAUCGAAGUUUUCCCCCAGACGCAGCAGCACCUCUCGAAUGUAUCAGACCUAUCUGUCGCUCAACGAGCAGAACAAGGAGCACAUUUUUUGCGGACAUAUUACCCAGAUGUUGACAUUCCCUCUGAACUUAUCAGAGACGAGAUAGCUGCAGAUGCCGGAGCUUUUCACGAACUGCGUAAAUUUGACCCUCUUGCGGGAAGUAUGCUAGAAGUGUUUUCUCUCUACACUGGGAAUCGCGAAGAGGGUACAUAUUUAGCGUUCCCCAUGGGUGAGUCAUACUGCGAUUUAAACGUAUCUCCGCUUAUAUUUACUCAGAGAGAUCAUAUUUCGCUGAGAAGCUCUGCGAAGCCUAUAAAGUCCUUUCAAACUCCCAUACAGCAAAUCUUGUCCCCUGCACCGUCAACCGAGGGCGAAAGAUCCGAGACUGUUCUGGGUGUCAGAACCUAUGCUGCAACAAGUUUACUCCAGGUGAAGCCCAUGGGGGACAGCCGAUCGGCUGCUGUACAGAUGCACGAGCUAGCGGUAGUCGCUAGAUCGGAUGUUGGCGACAAGUUACUUAUGGACAUGACACUUCCAACUACGUCCACCAGACACGGUUCACUACUACUUGUCAACCAGGAGGGCACCGUCUAUCAAUGCAGUGUUCCGCGGGGUCAAAAAUUCAUCGAACGAUUAUAUACUCAACCGACGUCGUCUCAAGCUGAUCCUCAGGAACAAUACUGGAGAAUAGGAACUUGGAAGGAUAAUUAUAGUUGUUUGCUCAUGGGUAGGAAAUAUGCUGAACACCUGGAUCUCAGGGCGCACGAUAGCUCCUCUGUACUUUAUCAUGCCUCAAAUGCAGAAGACUUCCUUAUUUCCAUCGAAGGUCGAUCAGAAGACCAUGUGGUACGCCUUGUAACAAGUGAUGAAGUCGUCUGGAUAGAUGAGCGGCGUCCCGGCACGCCAUUGCUUGGGAUGAAGCACGGGAGAGGUUCUGACAGAACGCUCACUACAUAUACCCGACUGCUAAUGCAAUCUCCUCUGACCUUCCUUACCUCACGUUGUAAUGGAUUAGUGACGGUCUACGAUGUCUCGGGCACAGACCACAAUCUGGUAUAUGUGAACGUUCCACCAUACUGCCUGCCUCCAGUCCGCACUCCCGAUGGCCGCUAUCUCGGACAUGCCUUCGUUCAGCAUCCAGCGGACACCAAUGACGGAGACAUCAGCGUCAUGCAGCUCAGUGAAAGUGGUAGUAUUAGUCUCCUCAACCUCGAAUUAUCUCCCACCGGUGAAGCCGGCGACGUCACUCGUAUUGACAACCAGAGGGUAGAGUGGCCUGUAGAUGUCCUGAAUUUGGAAGCACAGGUGAAGACUUCACGACCCAACAAUGGCCCCUUGGGAGCGCAAACUUUCAGCAAAGUCGACCUUCGACCUGCUUACAAAAGGAUUUUCCAUUUCAGCGAGGCAGAUUUGCCAGCAGGGGAUGGUGAAGCCGUGUAUCAAAUUUUAGACAAGAUGCCCUCCUUCUUGCAAGAUUCUGAUGUGCCCGUUGAACACAUCCUGACUACAUAUGACAUUUCGUUACGUUCGGGUGCCCAUCCACUUCAGGCCACCAGAAGUGACAUCUUGACAGAAAGUGCUAUGAACUCUGUUCGUGGUUACCGUGCAUUGGUGCAAGAUCGCAUUCCGGUCAAACAGCUCGCCAAGUCUUCACGUUGGCAUAUGAACAUCGCACCGUUUUUGCAUCAUUUCAUUCCCGACAUGGAAGAGCACCUGGAAAAGACAGUCGAUCGUCUCAAGCAGUAUAAUCUUGAUUCUGACACAGAUCGGCCUGCCGUAUCCUAUCGAAGAGAGUCUGAAUCUCGGGAGCAGCUCUUGCUUGACUUGUCCCUGUCGUCAAACGUAUUCGCCCCCCAUCCCUUUAUGCGAGCGGGUGAGCCGAAGGAUGGAAUAGAUCCCAACUUGGACAACGUUCUGGAAACGAUGUCCCGUGCUACGGAGGCCAUGUCACUUCAAGAUGCAGAGCCACCUCCAGUAACAUUUGGAUUCCUGCGCCCUGUCGACAAGCGAUCUGUCGAAUAUUAUACCAGGGGGAAGACAGAACGGACUCCGGCAGAAUCGUCUCGGGAUCUUCCGUUGUCACUCGGUGUGCGGCUGCUGCUGAAGGAUUGGGAUAUCGGCGCAGAUCCUGACACAUUCAGCUACCAUGAUCUCUACGAGAUCUCCAAUGGUGUUCCCAAGGUGCAGCAGCGCCGAACGAGAUAUAAGCCGGAGGUCGCUCAACCUCUCAUGGAAGAUUUGGGUAUACAGUCCCAGCGGCCGCCUCCAGUCCUUGCAUCCUCUGCAAUGGCACCUUUCGCCAUCGCCACAAGUCACCAAUCCCUUGUUACGCGGAAACCACUCACUGGUGCCCGCUCACAAGAAGUCAUACUCGGUGGCAGUCAACCCGAGGAGGGUGGCUGGAAUGCACCUCCCUCGUCUCAGAACUUCAUGACGAGCACUCAGGUGCUUCCCGGUCCUCACGGUGGACGACCGCUUCCAGCGAAGAAAAAACUCGCCAAGAAGCGGAUAGGCGGAUUUUGA